CGAUCAAAAGCAAAAAAACUAAUUUGAAUUAUCUUAUCCUUAUCCCCCCCGGAAAAAAAGCUCAAACCUAGCCAGCAAACGAAGUCCAAAUGGGCCCCCAGACUCCCAACCCAAAUAUGAAGAUGUCCCUUUUAUAUGUACUAAACAAAUUGCAAAUUGCCAGACAAGUGCAAACAGAACAAGGUUUCUCCCACUCAACACGUAAAGUUGUUUCCUUUUCCCGUUUAGCUUCAGUAUCUGAUGAAAGAGUUAAAGAAGAGGAACACUACAGGAAGACCAUAAGGAAAUUGAGUUCUGCUUCUGGGUUUUCGAUUUUAUCAUCGAUGGAUGAUGUUUCGGGUCCAGAUUUAAUAACUGAUUUGCCUCAAAGCAUUAUAGAAAGUAUCCUCACGCGUUUACCAAUAAGAGAUGCUGUGAGGACCAGCAUUUUGUCAAGUAAAUGGAGAUAUAAAUGGUCAGCACUUACUCAGCUUGUAUUUGAUGAGAAAUGUGUGAUUUCAUCGGAUGAUCAAUGUGAAGUUGAGGAUAGUCUUGUUAAAUUUAUAACUCGGGCUCUUUUUCUGCACCAAGGGCCGAUUCAUAAGUUCCAGCUUACUACUACAAACUUGCAAUGCUGCCCAGAUAUUGAUCAAUGGUUACUUUUCCUUUCGAGGAAUGAUAUCAAAGAGUUGGUUCUUGAAUUGGGAGAAGGAGAGUGGUUUAGAGUUCCUUCUUGUCUUUUUAAUUGUAAAAAGUUGACCCGUUUGGAGCUUUUUCGUUGUGAAUUUGAUCCGCCACCUAGUUUUAAAGGAUUCUUGUGCUUGAAAAGUCUUAAUCUCCACCAGGUUUUGGUUUCCCCUGAGGCAAUUGAAAGUCUUAUAUUUAGUUGCCCUCUUCUUGAGAGCUUGGCAUUGUCGUAUUUUGAUAGUUUAGCUCUUACAAUCCGAGCUCCAAAUCUUAAGUAUUUGUGUCUGGAAGGUGAAUUUAAAGACAUUUGUCUUGAAAAUACCCCACUUUUAGUUGCAAUGUCAGUUGCUAUGUAUAUGACUGAUGACAAAGCUGAACACUUUGAGCAAAGUUCAAGCAGCAACUUUAACAGGUUUCUUGGUGGUGCACCUCGUCUUGAGAGGCUCAUUGGGCAUAUAUACUUCACGAAGUAUUUAAGCAUAGGUGAUGACCCUGGAAUACUUCCAAUUACAUAUAACCAUCUAAAGGUGGUAGAAUUGUAUCAAGUGAGUUUUGAAGAUAUGAAGGAGAUACUCGUUGUUCUUCGCUUGAUUGCUAACUCUCCUAAUUUAAACGAACUUAAGAUUUCGGGUUCCUCAAACACAUUAGCUGCUAUAGAUGCGCCCGAUUUGAAUUUCUGGGAAGAAGAAUGCCCUUCAGAUUGCACAUUCAAACAACUUAAAGUUGUGAAGAUGACAGAUAUGUCUGGCGUGCCUCAUGAGAUGGAGUUCAUCAAAUUCCUUCUUGCAAAGUCACCAGCACUUGAGACAAUGAGUUUCUCACCUUGUAUAUAUGUCAUGGAUGAAAGACUGAAUAUGUUAAUCGAGCUGUUGAGGUUUAAACGGGCCUCUGCUCAAGCAGAAAUUUUCGUCAUUCUAGAUUAAGAAUUGUUUGUCUGUUAAUAGAGAACAACUAAGUAUCUUGCCCUUCCAUCUGCUAAUUCCUUAUCUUUCUUUUGGAAUCUCAAAUAGCACUUGGGCUCCAAAUGCAUGUUUCUGUAACAUAUUCUUUUGAAAUGUGAAUAAUAUCGUUAUUGAGCAAAUUGUAUGAAGUUAAAGAGAAGUUCUUUUAUCAGGAUAUUGAUGAUGCUUUCAUCGGAAAGCUUGGAAAUUGGAAAUAACCUGAAGAAAUGGAAGCAGUAUGUUAUGUCUGAGUCUGAUUUGUUCUUAGAAUAUGUGAAUGUCAUUGAGAAUCAUGGGUUGUUCUAUUAGUAUGUCCUCUUUUAGGCUGAAAACUUUGUCCUGUAAAUAUUAUAGAUGCCAUCACAUAUGCAUGGAUACAUGCACAUACAUAAACCUAUGUUGGGUGCAAAAAAAACUUGGAAUUUGGGAUUCCUAGUGAUAAAUACCAGUGAUAGCUCUUUAAAAUUCCUGAAGACCACGGCAUUAAAUUUUAGGGAGCAAACAAAAUUCAUUUGAAAUAGGACUUUUAUUACAAGUAACUCACAGUAAACAACUACAGAAAAAUUCUUCACUCGCCAGAAGCAGGAAAUGUACCACUCAACCUAAAUUUGUCAGUUUUUUCUUGAAUCUAAAUCUGUACAAUCAGAAAUGAGACAGAUCUAGAGUUUCCAGUGUUAUAAUACUAUACAACAAGUUCAUUUCAACACAUUUCUAUCAUGACUCAUGAGAUUCUUUUUACGUUUCUUCUUUUAAACAAUUU